AGACAAAGAAAUGCGCAGACCCUGGUAACCGAGUGGCGUGUGUGUGUGUGCAUGUGUGACUGUGAUCGUGAGUGCUGCUUUUAUCCUGUAAAUUUUGUAUUCGUAACCACUCCCAUUGUGCGUAUGACGGGUGUGACUGACUGCGUGAGAAUGGGCAAUCUUAGGACUGUCGAAUCUUUGUAGCGCACGCAAACUGCGUCUUGGUCUACAAGUCAGCUGAGUGAGGAACAACAAAGUUUUUCCCCCCAGUCACGUCGCAAGACACAAGUGGAGAGAGAGAGCGAUGGAGGACUUGAAGUGCGGUUUGGUGGGACUAGCGCGCGGUGUUUACGAUUCCAUCGUGGGCAUCGGCGUCAUCAAAACUCUGGAUGCCGAUCAAAGAAAAUCUGCUCGGAGAGCCGCGGACGCGCCGUCACAACCUGCAACUGCCCUGGCUCUACGCAGGGCCGCGGUGCAGGCUUCAGCCGUCGGAGCUUCUUCCUCGGCGUUUCAACAGCAGCAUCCGUCGACAUUGUCGUCGUCCCCGCUACGGACUAAGGAGGAGCCUUUGCUUCUGUACCGCAUUUUCCAGUGCUGUCUCCUGAACGGCGGCGUCUUCGGACUGAGCAUAGUCGCUUUCAACUACCUGCUCCUCCCCACCGUCCAGUCGCUGAUCGACCUGCUUUUCGGCGACCACCAAAGUUCGCCGGCGAACAACAUAUGGACUUGGUUGCAGCCGCUGCUCGUCUGCACGUUUCAGGCGCUCUGGGUGAUUCCGCUGUUUGUGCUGAGCAAGAUAGUGAACUGCUUGUGGUUCCAGGACAUUGCGAACAUCGCGUUCCGCUACGUCACCGGCGGACGCCCGGCGCUCAUGACCAGCGUGAGCCGCUUCCUCUCGGACGUGCUGUUCAGCGUGCUGGUUCAGACGCUGUUUUUGUUCCAGUCGCACCUCGUAGCCGCGCUGCCCGUCGGCAAGAUAGGUGAGCUCAUCGGCCUGAUCCACCUGUCCCUGCUGUACUCUCUGUACGCAUUCGAGUACGUUUGGUGCAGCCGCGGCUGGGAGCUGCACCGGCGGCUCUCGUUCAUCGAGUGCAACUGGCCGUACUUCAUCGGGUUCGGCCUGCCGCUGGCCGUGCUCACUUCGUGGCCGACGUCGUACUUCAUGAGCGGCUCCAUCUUCUCGAUCCUCUUCCCGCUGUUCAUCCUGAGCGCCCACGGUGUGACGCCGACCACUGGGACUGCCAGGUUUCCCCUUCAACUCUUCUCUCCGUCCAUCUGGGUCUCCAACGCGAUCUUCCAUCGGUUGACAGCCAACUGCACCGCCAAGCCCAUUCGUCCCACAGUCUCGCGACAAAAGCGGUCGGUCACCCGUGAGCACCGGAAGCAGUCCUUGUCUCCCCGUGCAUUGCGCCCGAGAACCGCCGCCACUCCCAGCUGAUGGACCGGCACAGCCACGCUGUGCACGUCUUGGCUUCACUCCAUGCAAGAUUGUCUAGCAGUCACCGUCACAUUCGUAAACCGCGCCGUUCACGAAUGUGACGGCCUCCCUCGCAGCAUCGAUACAACACAUGCCGAGGCCACCAGGAUUGGGUCGUCUGACGACUGAGGUGGCUGCAGCAGCUUGCGAGCAUUUAUCAUUGGAUGGCUGUUGCUCCAGCGACUGUGUCACAUGCCCAGCUAUAUUCAAGGGCACAUCGCUGUUUUAGUUUUUAUUAUUGACCUGUCAGUCAAGGUUUGAGAACCUUGUGAUGUGCCCUUGACUGCUGUGUACGAACUUUUUAAAAGCAGGGCCGGGUGUAUUGAGACACUUUUGGUCGCUAACAGUUGCACCUCGGUUGUCACUGCUGCAUUGCAUCAACAGCACCCUGAGUAGUCUGGACACAGCUGUGAACAGUCCCAUGCACAUAAUAUAAAGUAUGCUGUAGAGAUUAUGUUCUUUUGUUCCUAUUGAACAAAACAUCUUUUAUAAGGUACCAUGUCGAAAUAAAAGUGCAUGUUUUAUUGUUUUCA